AUGCCUUUAUCAAACCCCAAGAAUAACCAAUCUCUGCUCAUAGCAGCUGGAGCUGUUGCCUUUACGUCGGCUCUUUGGCUGGUGGAAUCCUACCUUCAAAAUAGAAGAGAUAAACAAGAGAGACAAAAGCGAUACGAAACCUGCGAGAAAAUACAAUUGUCGUCCGUAGAAACUUCCUAUGCCAUGUUUCAGAGUAUCCAAGGGAUUUCCACUCUCACCUGGUACGAUGGGAAUAUUGACCAGGUGCGACAUGCCAUGUUGGACAAAGUGAUGGAUAUCUGUCUGGCCAAUCCAUGGUUGACUGGCCGCUUGGUUCAAACUGGUAAUUCAUCCAGUGAUGUUUCCUUGGUAUAUUCCAACGCAACAUCUGAAAGGAUCAGUAUUGUUAGCACUAGGUCAUUUAAAGUCUUGUCGACUUCGGCUGGGAUCUCUCGCGACACUCCUUUUCCAGAACUGCCCAAACGGUUGAAUCAACUAGAAUGCCUGGUCGGGCCAGGAAUUGAUCUUGUCGACAACGACGAAUACUUUUUCAAGGUUCGAUUGAUCCCCGAUUGCACCCAUCCCACUAAAAAGUUUGCACUGGUAGUGUCCUUGGCCCAUUGUGUCGGAGACGGACACACCUUUUACCAAUUGCAUAAUAUGCUGAGCAUGAAGGAUGCCAAAGUGCAAGUAUUGGACCCUACUCGCAAGCCAAGUCUUACCGAUGACAUUGCUACUGCUUUGGGUGGAAAAGACCAAGCGGCGUCUCUGGCGGAUCCGCCUCCAGGAUUUAUCGUCAGAUUCCUAAAGGGCGUCAUCCUUUCCACCCUGUUUGGUCCACGAACCAAGGUGGAACUCUUUUGGAUCAAUCAAGAUUGGAUUCAAAACGAAAAAGACCAAGUUGCCACGGAUCAAACGAAAAAAGAAGGAAACGAUACUAAUGGGAUCAGCUACGUGUCGACCAACGACAUUCUGACUGCUCGAUUCUUUCAGCUAUGUGAAACAGACCAGGGAAUCAUGUCCAUCAACUUUCGUGGCAAACUACCAGGUUGCGAACCAAACAUGGCCGGUAAUUAUUUCAACUACUUGGUCUGCCGACCGGGAGAUUGCGACUCUCCGGCACAGAUUCGUUCGGCGGUCCAAGAGAUUUGCAGUGGCACCCCACGGAAACCCACAUCGUCACCCAUGAGUUCAUGGCAGCACAUGGCUUCCAGUCGGCUCUUUGCGGCCACUUCCAACUGGACUACCUUUUGCAAACCAGUGUAUCUUGACAAUUGUCAACAAGAUGUUCACAUUCCCGUCAUUCCCUGCGAUUCCCAGUCGGCUCCAGCUCGGUUUGUGACGGGACUCUUUUUGUUUCGGCCGACCCAUGAUGAUGCCGCAGGAGGCAAACACAAGAUUGCGGCAAUGUUUGCCGGACCACCCAAGGUACUGGAGACUUUGAAGCAGUCAGGAAUGGUCGGCCCAAGUGUCCAUUAG